AGCACAAUGCACGGAGCAAGCCCCUCUGUCUGUAGGAGCCUGACAGAUAUGUGCACCGAGAGAUGAUAUGGCAGAAUUUCGGGCAAAUGUUGCAGCGAGGCAAUAGGCCAGUCAGGAAAUUGGAGUAAAGCUGAAACAUAAGGCUUUGCUACCCAGCGGCUUGUGUGUGUGAGAGAGUGUGUGUGCUCGAAGUGCCUAUGGCGGAGUUUGGGGAGGACGGCAGCCGCCUGCCUCCAUUGAAUCUUGGGGAUACGGCCGUGCCCAGCGACGAGGCAGCUGGCAAGACGCAUUGCGAAGUGUCGGUCUUGAAUGGAGACUGUGGGAUAUCAGAAAAUAUGGUCGGUUCAGGAUCCCACGUCGCACCUGGCAGCCAAGCCGGGGUGGAAUCCGCCAACACCUCUGUCGUAUCGGAUGCCAAAAAUGAAAUACCACGCAGGAGCAGCAUUAUCAAGGAUGGCUCAAGACAGCGCAAAGAAAGAAAGAAGACUGUGUCAUUCAGCAGCAUGCCCACUGAGAAGAAAAUAAGCAGUGCAAGUGACUGUAUCAGUGCAAUGGUGGAUGGCACUGAACUGAAGAAAGUGCGAUCCAACUCGCGUAUUUACCACCGCUACUUUCUCCUUGAUGCUGACAUGCAGUCAUUGCGAUGGGAGCCUUCAAAGAAGGAAUCAGAAAAGGCCAAAAUUGAUGUGAAGUCCAUCAAGGAGGUUCGAACAGGGAAAAAUACAGACACUUUUAGAACUAAUGGAACCUAUGAUCAGAUAUCAGAGGACUGUGCUUUCUCAGUCAUCUUUGGGGAGAACUAUGAGUCCCUGGACUUGGUGGCAAACACUGCAGAUGUAGCCAACAUAUGGGUGACAGGGCUGAGGUACCUGAUAUCCUAUGGGAAACAUACAUUAAAUAUGAUAGAGAGCAGUCAGAACAACAUGCGCUCAUCGUGGCUAGGUGAACUUUUUGAUGAGGCAGACAGUACCAACAGCAAACAAAUAACGAUAUGUGCUGCUGUGCAGCUAGUCAAAAAGCUGAACCCAGGACUUAAAAAUGUGAAAAUAGAACUGAAGUUCAAGGAGCUUCACAAAGCUAAAGACAAAGCAGGUUCUGAAGUGACAAAAGAGGAGUUCAUUGAGGUCUUUCAUGAUCUUUGCACCAGACCAGAAAUUUAUUUUCUCUUUGUUCAGUUCUCCAGCAACAAAGAAUUUCUGGAUACCAAGGACUUAAUGAUAUUUCUGGAGGCAGAGCAGGGGAUGGCACAAGUAAGUGAAGACACCAGCUUAGAGGUCAUUCAGAAGUAUGAACCAUCUAAAGAGGGUCAGUUCAAGGGCUGGCUUUCUCUCGAUGGCUUCACCAACUAUAUUAUGUCGCCAGAGUGCCAUAUAUUUGACCCUGAGCAAAAAACAGUAUGCCAAGACAUGAACCAGCCCUUGUCCCACUAUUACAUCAAUGCGUCCCACAACACAUACCUGAUAGAAGAUCAGUUCAGAGGUCCCUCAGAUGUGACAGGGUAUAUCCGUGCCCUCAAGAUGGGCUGCCGCAGUGUAGAGCUGGACGUGUGGGACGGGCCUGAUAAUGAACCUGUCAUUUACACUGGCCACACAAUGACAUCACAGAUAGUCUUUCGCAGUGUCAUUGACGUCAUCAACAAGUACGCCUUUGUUGCAUCUGAGUUUCCACUGAUACUCUGUUUAGAAAACCAUUGCUCCUUAAAGCAGCAGAGAGUCAUGUUUCAGCACCUAAAGAAGAUACUUGGAGACAAGAUGUACCUAGAUCCUCCUAAACCUGAGGACUGCUACCUCCCCUCUCCCUCUGAACUGAAAGGAAAGGUCCUGCUGAAGGGUAAGAAACUGAGCACGAACUGCACUGCUUCAGAAGGUGAGGUGACAGACGAGGACGAGGGGGCAGAGAUGUCUCAAAGGAUGAGCAUUGAGUCUGCAGAACACCAGACUAUCGCACCCAAAAAAUUCCAGCUGUCAAAGGACCUCUCUGAUCUGGUGACCUUGUGUAAGUCUGUAGAGUUCAGAGACUUCCCGACAUCUUUCCAGAGCCAGAAGCACUGGGAGCUCUGCUCUUUCAACGAGGUCUUUGCCAGCCGCUGUGCCAGCGACUUCCCAGGUGACUUUGUUAACUAUAACAAGAAGUUCCUGGCACGGGUUUACCCCAGCCCCAUGCGGAUUGACUCCAGCAACAUGAAUCCACAAGAUUUCUGGAAGUGCGGUUGCCAGAUUGUGGCAAUGAACUACCAGACUCCAGGACUGAUGAUGGAUUUAAACAUUGGCUGGUUCCGUCAGAAUGGGAGCUGCGGCUAUGUGCUGCGUCCAGCGAUCAUGAGGGAGCAAGUUUCAUAUUUUAGUGCCAACACUAAAGAUUCAGUGCCUGGUGUUUCUCCACAGCUCUUACACAUUAAGAUCAUCAGUGGACAAAACUUCCCCAAACCCAAAGGCUCAGGUGCCAAAGGAGAUGUAGUCGACCCCUACGUGUACAUAGAAAUACACGGCAUUCCUGCUGACUGUGCUGAACAAAGGACUAAAACAGUCAACCAGAAUGGGGACAACCCUCUGUUUGAUGAGAGCUUUGAGUUUCAGAUAAAUCUCCCAGAGCUCGCAAUGGUGCGCUUUGUGGUGCUAGACGAUGACUACAUCGGGGAUGAGUUUAUCGGCCAAUACACAAUCCCCUUUGAGUGUCUCCAGCCAGGCUUCCGCCAUAUACCACUGCAGUCUCUGACAGGAGAGGUACUGCCACAUACCUUAUUGUUUGUUCAUGUGGCCAUAACCAAUCGAAGAGGAGGCGGAAAACCACACAAAAGGGGACUGUCUGUACGAAAGGGCAAGAGGAGUAGAGAGUAUGCCAGCAUGAGAGUGCUAUUGAUCAAGGCUGUGGAUGAUGUCUUCAAAACAGCCAUGCUGCCACUGAGGGAGGCAACAGACCUCAGAGAAAACAUGCAGAAUGCCAUAGUGUCCUUUAAAGAGCUGUGCGGCCUUUCAGCGGUGGCUAACCUGAAGCAGUGCAUCUUGGCCCUCUCCCCUCGGCUUACUGGACCCGACAACAACCCCCUCGUGGUGUUCAACCUCACCGACCAGUACCCCAACUUGGAGCCCCAAGGCCUGCUACCAGAGGUCCUCAAGAAAGUUGUCACCACGUAUGACAUGGUAAUCCAGACCAGCAAGACUCUCCUGGAGAACUCUGAGGGGGUGUAUGAGAGGAUUCUUCAAACCCAAAAAGCAGCGAUGGAAUUUCAUGAGAACCUCCACGACUUGGCCAUGAAGGAGGGGCUGAAGGGCAGGAAGUUGCACAAGGCGGUGGAGAGCUUCACGUGGAACAUCACCAUACUGAAGGGCCAGGCAGACCUACUGAAGCAUGCCAGGAGUGAAGUCCAGGAGAACCUCAAGCAGAUCCACUAUGCUGCGCUCACCUGCAACCUGAGUAAAGGCGGAGCGGUGGGUGGCUCCUCCGGCUCCGAGUCCAAGAGCAGACGCAGCCUCGAGGCCAUUCCCGAGAAGGCCACCGGGGAGGAGGAGCUCACUGACGAGGACAACUGAAGACCCACAGUCCUGCUCUGGUGCUCUCCUGGCACCCCAUCCAGACCUCGACUCUGUUCCUGCCUCCUGAGCUCAAAAACCCAAACCUCCCUCUCUCUCUGUGUCCUCACCCUGGCAUCACCGCUCUACACCCACCAGUGUUUUUCCACAUUCCAUCAAGUACAUUCCUGUAUCCCCAAGCACAGCUGUAACCUCUUACAGACGUCUGCCUUGUAAUCAUCAAUAAAAUGCCACCGCUACUCCAGGACACAAAUCCCUCUCAAGUUCAGAGCACAGAAAGGUCUCAGCUUAAGUUUUCGGAAAAUUCCUGUCAUUAUUUCAAAGUCUUAAAAUGUUCAGGCUGGAAAAAGUGUGCGACAAGUGUCUUGUUUUUUUUUUUCUUUUAAACAUUUGCUGCACAUCUGAUGCUGCCGAGCCACAAGUCACAUAAAUGCUAAAUCUAUCUCACAGAGUCAAGCAAAGAUAACCUUUAGGAAAAGUGCAAAAGGCAGAUAAUUUAAUCCAGAUAAAUCACCCUGAUAACUUCCCCCAGUCUUAAAACUCAAAUCUGUCCAUCUGCAGAGGCUUCUCGUCCUCCAUCUUUUUCCUGUCCCUCAUUUCCUGGGUGAGCUGGGAGGGCCGAGCAAACUACCAGCCACGUGACCGAUAAAGACAUUACUACUGUUCAGAGACACUUCUAUUCAGCGGACAGCAGCGUUACCCGAAGAGACAAAACAAAACGAAAAAAAAAAAAAGGAAAGGAAAAAGAGCCCUUGGAUUGUUGUAAGAGAUUUCUUAAAGCACAAUUUUCUGGAGCUAUGAAUGUAAGAGGACAGAAGGAGCGAGAAGGAAACAGAAGAAGGAAACGUGAUGAAUGAGAGUAAAGAGUUGUUUACAAUACUGAACUUGUCCAUGUUCUUGUCUGCCAAAAUAGUAUAAUAUACUAUGUGUAUAUAUGGAGUUUCCUGUUACCUUUUUUCUGCAGAGUGCAUCAUUUUAUUAUUGUAUACUUGGAAAUAUAAGAUUUAUUUUAUAAAAGAUAUAUGAACAUGUCUGUGGAAAAACAACAAAUUUUAUUUGUCUGUAGAUAUGAUUUAGAGGGUUGUCACUUUAGAAAAAUAAAGUGACCUCGGAGUUUAGCUCCUACGCGUCGAGACAGGAAGACAAAUAAGAGAAUGUAUUCAUACCUUUUAUUUGGUGCAAACAACAGCAAAGUCUCAAAAAUCACAACCAGCAACUGCAUGACAAGAAACCCUGACUGGAUGUUCAUAACUCACACUCAGAAAGUGUUGGACAAAGUUUUCGUAUUUUAGCAUUUUUCAUUUGGAAAUAUGUACGUUAGGCCUUUAUCUUUAAGGCAUGGUCCUCCCAUUUCAGGGCGCUAAAAGAACAUUCAACUUCAUGCUCCGAGUAUUUUUUACCAAAAAAAAAAAAAGUCAUUUCACUUUUAUUUUUAAGUUAUUGAAAGUGCCAGAUAUUUUUCGUCUUUUUAUUUUUCCAGCUGUGCUCCCAACCAUUUCCACGGUAAUUUAAAAUACCCCCAACGAGAAAUGAGAUGAAAACUCAUUCCCUUGUUUGUUUGUCUGUAAUCAUUUGGUUCAGUUAUCUUCCUGAGCAGAAUGAUUGAAUAUUAUCUCUCAGGAAAACCAGCUUUAUAAGUCUGAACAGACUUUGAAUGGGAGGUCAUGUACAAAAACAAAGACUAUGGUUUCAUUUUAACUGUGCAGUCUGAAGCUAUUAAUCGUAUAAAUAUGUUUCGCUGUCCAGUACUCCUGGGCUUUGUGUUUCAUCCUGCUGUCCACCCACAGCGUUUUCAGAUCAUGUCUGAGUCAAACGAGUCUCAACACUUUGUUAAGAAUUUUAAACUCAGGUGUGGUGAGAUGGCCGAGAAGAUUUGAACUUCAGAGUAAUAAUAGCUUCGUAACCAUUCCUGGUGACUGAGUAGUAUUUGAUUCACAAUUUACCCUGUGAUUUGAUUGUGCCUCAUUACUGCUGACUAAAACCUACUGUAUCAAGUAUGAAGUGAGAAAAAAACGUUUUGUCUUUAAACAUGCCAUUUCCUCCCACAUGUUGCUUCAACAGUGCUGCAGCUUGAUAUUCAUUUAACAGUCCGUUACUGUGUCUUUAAUUAAAAUUUCAUUCUAGAAAACUAUUUACCUGAUUUCUUAUUACUGGAUAAAGACACUUGAAAAUGAUUAAGUUGCAACUAAUGAUUGUUUUCAUUGUCAAGUAAAGAGUCAGAUAUUUUAUCAAUUAAUUGCUCGGCCUAUAAAACAGCUGUUUAUCUCGUAUCUGCACCAAACUCACAGAUCAUAUAUGUGUCUGAUUUUUUUUACAUCACGAUCCAGACAUUAUUUCCUGAGAGACUGAUGAAAAUGUCGACAAAGCCCUGUUUCACAAUGCUAAAUAAAGUGGUAAAAAUUCCUGGGUCCACACCAAAA